CGGAUGUCGCUGCGAACCAGCGGCGUCUGAACACUGCGCGGCUGCCGAGCGCCCAAUCCGGGCCUGCACCUGGAGCCCACAUCGAGCACCGCGGCCCCUCGGCGGCCCGGCGCCCGUUGCCACUUAGGCGGCGUGCCCUCCAUUCUCCGCUGCCCAGGCCGGUCGGCUCUGGUGUCUCCUGGCUCCCCCUUCCUCUCCCGCUCCCUCCUGCUCGCCUGAGUCACCGCCGUCGCCGCCGCCAUGGCCGAGAGUGGUGAAAGCGGCGGUCCUCCGGGCUCCCAGGACAGCGCUGCCGCGGCUGAAGGUGCCGGCGCUCCCGCGGCCGCUGCCUCCGCCGAGCCCAAGAUCAUGAAAGUCACCGUAAAGACCCCGAAGGAGAAGGAGGAGUUCGCUGUGCCCGAGAACAGCUCGGUCCAGCAGUUCAAGGAAGAAAUCUCUAAACGUUUUAAAUCACAUACUGACCAACUUGUGUUGAUAUUUGCUGGAAAAAUUUUAAAAGAUCAAGAUACUUUGAGUCAGCAUGGAAUUCAUGAUGGACUUACUGUUCACCUUGUCAUCAAAACACAAAACAGGCCUCAAGACCAUUCAACUCAGCAAACAAAUACCACAGGAAGCAAUGUUACCACCUCAUCAGCUCCUAAUAGUAACUCCACAUCUGGUUCUGCUACUAGCAACCCUUUUGGUUUAGGUGGCCUUGGAGGACUUGCAGGUCUGAGUAGCUUAGGUUUGAAUACUACCAACUUCUCUGAACUACAGAGCCAAAUGCAGCGACAACUUUUGUCCAACCCUGAAAUGAUGGUCCAGAUCAUGGAAAAUCCCUUCGUCCAGAGCAUGCUCUCAAAUCCUGACCUAAUGAGGCAGUUAAUUAUGGCCAAUCCACAAAUGCAGCAGUUGAUACAGAGAAAUCCAGAAAUUAGUCAUAUGCUGAAUAAUCCAGAUAUAAUGAGACAAACAUUGGAACUUGCCAGGAAUCCAGCAAUGAUGCAGGAAAUGAUGAGAAACCAGGACCGAGCCUUGAGCAACCUUGAAAGUAUUCCAGGAGGAUAUAAUGCUUUACGGCGCAUGUACACGGACAUUCAGGAACCUAUGCUGAGUGCUGCACAAGAGCAGUUUGGUGGUAAUCCAUUUGCUUCCUUAGUGAGCAAUACAUCCUCAGGUGAAGGCAGUCAACCUUCUCGUACAGAAAAUAGAGAUCCCUUACCCAAUCCAUGGGCUCCACAGGCUUCCCAGGGCUCAUCAGCUUCUAGUGGCACUACGAACACUGUGAGUGGCACUUCUGGUAGUGCUGCCAGUGGCACUUCUGGACAGAGUACUACUGGGCCAAAUUUGGUGCCUGGAGUAGGAGCUAGUAUGUUUAACACACCAGGAAUGCAGAGCUUGUUGCAACAAAUAACUGAAAACCCACAGCUUAUGCAAAACAUGUUGUCUGCUCCCUAUAUGAGAAGUAUGAUGCAGUCACUAAGCCAGAAUCCAGAUCUUGCUGCUCAGAUGAUGCUGAAUAAUCCCUUAUUUGCUGGAAAUCCUCAGCUUCAAGAACAAAUGAGACAACAGCUCCCAACUUUCCUCCAACAAAUGCAGAAUCCUGAUACACUGUCAGCAAUGUCAAACCCCAGAGCAAUGCAGGCCUUGUUACAGAUUCAGCAGGGUUUACAAACAUUAGCGACGGAAGCCCCUGGCCUCAUCCCAGGAUUUACUCCUGGCCUGGGGGCAUUAGGAAACACUGGAGGCUCUUCAGGAACCAAUGGGUCUAGCACUACACCUAGUGAAAACACAAGCCCCACAUCAGGAACCACUGAACCUGGACACCAGCAAUUUAUUCAACAAAUGCUGCAGGCUCUUGCUGGAGUAAAUCCUCAGCUACAGAAUCCAGAAGUCCGAUUUCAGCAACAACUGGAACAGCUCAGUGCAAUGGGAUUUUUGAACCGUGAAGCAAACUUACAAGCACUAAUAGCAACAGGAGGUGAUAUUAAUGCAGCUAUUGAAAGGUUACUGGGUUCCCAGCCAUCAUAGCAGCACUUCUGUAUCUUGAAAAAAUGUAAUUUAUUUUUGAUAACGGCUCUUAAAUCUUUAAAAUACCUGCUUUAUUUCAUUUUGACUCUUGGAAUUCUGUGUUGUUAUAAACAAACCCAAUAUGAUGCAUUUUAAGGUGGAGUGCAGUAAGAUGUGUGGGUAUUUCUGUGUUUUUCUUUUUUGGAACAGUGGGAAUCAAUGCUUUUUCAUUUAAGGCUACUGCAUGCAUCAAACACUUCUGCAUUUCUUGUAAUUUUUUAAAAACAUCACCUUUUAUAGUUGGGUGAGAACAGAUUUUGUCCUGCAUCUGCCCAUUUUAUUUGCUUUUUAAACGUUAGCCUAUGGUAGUAAUUUAUGUAGAAUAAAAGCAUUAAAAAGAAGCAAAUCAUUUGCGCUCUAUAAUUUGUGGUACAAUAUUGCUUAUUGUGACUUUGGCAUGUAUUUUUUGCAAACAAAAUGCUGUAAGAUUUUACUACUGACAAUUUUUGCUUUAUUUGUAUACUGUAUGCACAUUUGGGACUGCAUUUCUAGAAACAUAUGGUGAUAGGUUAUCUGAGCAGAAUACCCAUAACCAGAAAAGUAAAAAUAAGGAAAUACUCUUAAAGCUUAGUGUUUCCUAAUUGUAUAGAAUCUUACAGCAUCUUUGAUGAACAUCUCAGCAAAAGUGCCGGAUAGUCAGGUUUGUUAAAAAUAUAAGUAGAAAAGCUGAUUCUGGUUAUCUGUUUAGGGACAUUUAAUUGUACAGACAACAUAAUGUAACAUUGUCUCAACAUUCACAGAUUGUAAAUUACCUUAAUCUUUGUGCAAACUGAAGGAGCACCUUAGUAUACCCCAAGAUGCAUUCGCCUAGGUCUUUUCAGCUUCUCCCAUAGGUAGUUUAACAGGCAUUACAAUUUGUAAUUGAAAUAUUGCUUUCACUGAAAGUGUUGAUGUUUCAGUUACUUUUAAUCGCCAUAUAAAAAUAGAACAAUCUUUUGGGUUUAUCGGUUUUUUCAUGCACACGCAAUACAUGAAUUUAAAAUGAUUUGUGAGCCACUUGUUUCUGAAGUGUUUGGAUAGUUCUAUUAAGAAAUAGUUAAAUAUUGUGCUUUACAGAGACUCAGAGAAGGGAAUGGGGGAGGGGGGACGAGACGGAAUCUAUCUUGAAUUGGGCCAGCCUAAACUAAAUAAUACUGGCAACCAAGAUUCUGUUAGGAUUUCUGUGCAUAUAGUGUAGUCACGAAGUCUUACUCGGGGUGAAAAAGAGCCGUUUAAACAAUGUUGAGUACAUUUGGCUGUUCUACAGCCUUUUUCUUCCCUCCCCAAAGAAGUUCUCUUUGCCUGACUCUCAAAUUGUUGGGGUGGUACAUUCCUUUAGGACCAAUUAAAACAUAACUUUUAGGGUCAGUAAUAUAUUUGGCUGACUCUGUUUCAGUAUUCUCUUAGGUCGUUAUUUCUCUCAUGUACAGUUUCAGGAAAUUAAAAUGUUAAAGUAACCUAAAAUGAGUUCAGACCAAUAAAAUCAAGGGAAAUACAAGAUGAAUUCCAUUAUUUCUGUAAGUUGCUUGCUAUUAAAAAAAGGUCAAGAGGCCAGGUUGCCCACCAGUCCAUGCACUGUUCUGACACUAUCCCCAGGAGGAAUACAUGUACAGAGGUCAGGGUGGAGGCAUGACCACAGGAGGUUAAGGAUGGUGUUCAUGUGUCUUUACUCUUUCUGCCUUAUGCCUCAGUCUGGUUUAAAGACUUUUGUAUUGGUGAAUGGCAGUAUACAGUGUGGGACAGUGUCAUAACUAAUUUGAUGAUUUAUUAAUCACAAAAUAACAAUAAAUCUCUAGCUUUUACACUUGGUUUGUCUUGCCUCUUUUGUAGAAAGAUAAAGAUGUUUUCUCUGUGUCUUUUCAAAGCUAUUGGAGUAAAUUCACCCCAGGUUUUGUCACACUUUACUCUUUAGUAAUUUUUCAAGCUUCCCCAAUGAAAAUGUUGCAUACGCUAUGUAGUGUAGCUCACUGGGAAGGGAUGUGAUUUGGGCUCUACCCUUUUUGGUUCUGACUAGUUAAUUUGACUUUGAGUAAGAUAUCAUGAUUUCUUUAUUAUGAAUCUGGUGAGACCUAGAGGGUAUCCUAGACUGGGCAGUCUUAAAAUCUUAAAGUAUCUUUAAGAGUGGCAGUGGCAUGAGUUUUUAUUUGUUACUGAUGUGUUUAUCUUAGAUCCAAAUAUUUGUUGAAGAGUUCAAAAUUCCACUUUCUGGUGGUGUGAAAGCCAUACAUAUUCAGAAGAAUAUAUACUUUACAUUUUGAAUUUUGAUAUUUCUCCAGGCUAGCAAUAUGUGAUAUGAUACUCAAUUUGGGAUGCUAGGGAGGCAGCAGCAGCAGCAAGCCAUUCCUCUUAGUCAAGCAUUUAAACAUGAGGGUAAAAGACCGAUACUCUAGGUAUAUCAUGUUGCUAGACUGUGAUGUUUGGUAGGUUAAGUGUAUUAAAUGCAUUUUUUACUUAAUGGUGUUUUUUCCACUUAUUAGAUGCUUAUCAGGAAGUGAGCAUAUUGUAAGUUGAGGAACAUGUUUUUGAAAUUCUUAAAAGCACUAAACAGACACUUAAAAUACUAUAGACCUAAACUGUUCUCAUACUGAGUUGUUUAGUACAAAUUGAAAAUAAAGAAUAGACUGGAAUAGAAUAGAAUAACAUUUCAGGAUUUUAUUUCCCAAGUGGAAUUUGUAUGAUAUAGCCUAAACAAAGUGUAGCAAAUAUUGAACAAACAAAUGACAGCCGGCCUGUGUAUAUUCAGAAUCUUUAAUUUCAAACUUGGUUUAAAUAUAGUAAUAAAAGGAUGUUUUGGAUUUGGAGAGACAUUAUUACUAUGUUAACUGGUGUAAAUCACUGACAAAAUAUAACAAAAGGUAAAAAUUUGUUAGUGACAAAAGUGAAACUAGAUAUAUAAAACCAAAAAAGAUGUUAUGGUUAAGGUAAGGAAAUCCUGAUGGUGUACUUUACUUCAGAGUUUACUAUUAUACUUGUUAAAAGUUAUAAGAAAUCCUGCAGUAGUUUGUUUGAAAGUGGUUACUCCAGACUUUGUUAAUCUUCUCUGGUGUUGCACAUGAUAUUUAGCUAUUUUCUUGGGCUUAUAUAAGGCUUGCCAUUCUUUGAGGGCUCAGUUCUGAAGUCUUUAAACUUUGCUAACCCACUGAUUUUUGUAUUCUGAACUAGUUUAACAUUUGCCAUCAACUGCUGCAUUCUUCUCAUUCUCCUCACAGUGCUUCUUUGAUCUGUUUUGUUUUUCUUUCACUUUUCUGCUCUGAAAUUGUCAGUUAAGUAACAUCAAAUGUCCUUCUCAGCUUCUCUAUUAUCUUUUCUCAUAGGCAUCCAUUACCUCAGAAAGUUGUCAUUUAUUGAACAUUUAUUAAUCUUUCCAGUUGCUUAAAGUAUAGCAGUAACUACAACAAGGUUCUGUCUACAUGGGACUCACAUAGUAGAAAGUAGAGAGUCAGACAGUAAACAGAACGUAUAUAUUGCCUGCCAGGAAAUGAUAAUACUUUAGUGAAAAAUUCAGCAUAGUAAGGAGGCUAGGUCAGGAAGGGAGUUGGGGUUGUUCUUACAUGAGAUAGAGAAAGCCUCAUUUACAGUGUGACAUUUAAACAGAGACAUCUUGGGUGUAUGUGAAGAACUUGCCAAGAAGAGAGACAACUAAUGAAAAAGCCCUUGAAAUGUGAGCAUUCUAAGUAAGUUUGUAGAACACAGGAGUUCAGGGGGCUGGGCAAAGUGAUCUAGGGAGAAAGCAGUAUAGAGAAUAAGAUUGGAGAGAUGAUAGGGUUGGGGGUGGCUGUGGGGUUUAACAUGGUGGACUUGUUAAUUUUGUGUUUUACUCCCAGCAUUUGUGAUUAUUAGUUAUGGAAUUGGAGGAGAAUUUGCAUUUCUGACAAAUUCCUAGAUGAGAACCACUGAACUAGGAAACCCAGGGUAGAAGCAGGGAAACUGGUAGAGCACUAAUUUAGCUCAGAGAUCACAGGUGCUUGGGCUGGGUUGGUAGUAGUAUGAGUACUAAAUAGCAGCAAAUUUGGCGUUGUUUUGAAGAUAGAACCAGUCUUAAGACUUUUUAAUAGUGGAGGUUUGAAGUAAAGAACAAGAGAAUAGUCAAGCAGGGUGAGCAAAAUAAACAUGAGGAGAGUGUAAAUCAGAAGUUUAGUUUUGACAUGUUUGUUGAAUAUGCUUAACAUUAAUUGGGAGAUAAUGAGAGGGCAGUUGUAAGAACUGCAAAGCAAAUGAAUUGAUAGUUGGAAGGUGAGAACUUAGCUCCUGAAAGAAAGCGAAGAAAUUUAUUCACAGGGAUGAGUGUGCUCCAGCUUCAUGUGCUAUGACAAGGGGUUUAAAGUGGUGGGGAAAGUUUAGAGUGGACUGAAGAGAUAGUGAGGCUCACAGAAAUUGCAGUAAUUGUAGGGAGGGGUGUGUGUUGGUGCUGUGGAAGUUUGCCUUUCUUUCAGGUUGGGAAAUCCAUCAUGUUUGUAUUCUAUUGGGAGUGAUCAGUGUGUGAUCAUUUGCACAAGAGGUGGGGGGAAGCAGUCUUAGGGGAAUUGUUUUCUACCAAAAAUCACAGAUAGGAGUUAUUGCUCAUUUUUGAUUCCCAAUGUAGGUUUCUUUUUAAAAUCUUUGUUUUUUAAAUAAAAUCACUUAGUUGCCUGGGCUAAGAGGGUUUCCUUGUCUUUCCAGUAGUCAUUUUCUCAGCUGGGACUGCUUUUCAUUGUCAGGAAAAAGUGUCUUUGUGUAUCCAUUUGAACUACUCUUCGUGGGCAACCCUUUCUGCAGUAGUGGAAAAGCACCUCCUUUCUAACAUUUCUGUUUUGGUGAGAUUGAGUAGAAUGGAAUUGAGAUUUCCUCUAGAACUAUGACAGUGGUGGAACAUAUUCUCAGUUUGUAAUCCCAAUCUAUAUGUGUUAAUGUUUGUUUUUCUAAUUAAAACACAACUGGUCUAGACAGCCUA